GAUUCAUAUAAAUAUUUGAAUCAUGUCAUCAACACAGACCCAAAUUUCAUGCAUUCAUUUCUCACAUUUUCCCCUCAUUCCUUUCACACUACUUCAGUUUCGUUGAGCUGCUUCCCUGGUUCGCGGGUUUGCUCAUUUGCGUCUCAAUUUUCUCUGGAAUGAGAUCCAGAUCGAGGAGAGAGUAAUUCGGUGAAGAUGGGUGAGAGCCAGCGGUUCCAGCUGGGAACCGUAGGAGCGUUGAGUUUGUCGGUGGUUUCGUCGGUGUCGAUUGUGAUUUGCAAUAAGGCGCUUAUUAGCUCGCUUGGCUUCUCUUUCGCCACAACUUUAACUAGCUGGCAUCUUCUGGUCACAUUUUGUUCUCUUCAUGUGGCACUAUGGAUGAAAUUAUUUGAGCACAAGCCUUUUGAUGCUAGAGCUGUGAUGGGAUUUGGCAUACUAAAUGGAACAUCCAUUGGGCUUUUGAAUCUUAGCUUGGGUUUCAAUUCUGUUGGUUUCUACCAGAUGACAAAACUGGCAAUCAUCCCCUGUACUGUUCUUCUGGAAACCCUUUUCUUUAGGAAGAGAUUCAGCCGGAGUAUCCAACUUUCUCUUUCUAUCCUUCUUUUGGGUGUUGGGAUUGCAACGGUGACUGAUUUGCAGCUCAAUGCCCUGGGUUCUGUCUUAUCUUUGCUUGCAGUUAUUACAACCUGUAUCGCUCAGAUUAUGACCAAUAACAUCCAGAAGAAGUUCAAGGUUUCUUCUACCCAACUCCUGUAUCAGUCAUGUCCUUAUCAAGCCAUGACAUUGUUCAUUGCUGGCCCAUUUCUGGAUUGGCUUCUGACUAAGCAAAAUGUUUUUGCUUUCAAAUAUACAUCUGAAGUGCUGGUCUUCAUUGUUCUAUCUUGCCUGAUAUCUGUUUCUGUAAACUUCAGUACAUUUCUAGUUAUUGGGAAGACAUCUCCUGUAACAUACCAGGUCCUGGGACAUCUAAAAACAUGCCUAGUUUUGGCCUUUGGCUAUGUUUUACUCCACGACCCGUUUAGCUGGCGCAACAUUCUGGGAAUCCUGAUUGCUUUAAUUGGAAUGGUGCUAUAUUCUUAUUAUUGCUCUCGUGAGGGCCAGCAGAAGCCUAGUGAAGUAUCAGCACAAAUGGCCCAGGCAAAGGAAAGUGAGACCGAUCCUCUAAUAGGCGUGGAAAAUGGAGCUGGGAUCUUAACGGAUGCUGUUGUUGCAAAAGUCCCUGCUUGGAAUUCAAACAAAGACCUGCAGGCAUAAUAUGCUUCCUCGCUUUCCUACCUAUUAAUUCCUCCAUCCUAUAUCAAGAUUAGCAGACAAACUCUGUUUCAGCCAAGAAGAAGAUGCUUUUGGCAGUGGGUCAUGGAACCAAGAAUACGACUUUCUGUCAUAGAAGUAGUCUCCAGAGCUAAGAGGAGAUCACUUUUCUAUUUUUUCCAUUUGAUUUUUUUUUUUUAGCUUUGUAUGAGUUUAGGGGGGCUGAAUGGGAUUCAUGCCCCCAUUUGAUUUUUUCAAUUGGGGUUACUUUCCCAUCCUAAAACACCCAUAAGUCUCCAUAACUGUUCCUUUUUGUAUGCUCCCUUGAAUAUUCUUCUUCCUGGUAAGAUGUAUUUUUUUUAACGGAAGAAAAUAUAAUCCUUUCCCUUAAUAUUCGUUCG